AUUAAGCUCGCUCUCCUAAUAUCAUUGUCAAAUUCCUAACAAAAACUUGACUACUCUUUAAUUUCUUUUCCUGCAACAAAUAAAAGUAGGUUAACUUAUAACACAAAUGGCUUACUCUAUGAUGAGCUCCACAAAUUACAAGCGAAAAUGUUGGUUAUCUUUAUCUCCAACAGAAGCUGAUUACUGUUCUUUAAAGGAGACUGAUUCGAUCAGUACUUUAAACAUCGAAGAUCUUACAUCCAAUAGUUUCGACAUCGAAUCGAGUUCUUUCUUUUCUUCUUUUCUUACCUCUUCAAUGGCUUCAGAUGAUCUAGCAUCCGAUUUUGUAGUGCAUAACAACAGCCAAAAGUUUAUUUCCAAGAAAAGAAAAACCAUGGAGGCUUUUGUAGAUCAAGAGUUGGAGGAUACUGCUAGUUCACCGGUUCAAAGUCCUAAGAUUAAUGGUUUGGAGCUUUUUUACAUGAAGUCAAGAGAGAUGGAUAGUAGAGAAGUUUCCCAGGAAAAUGGACAUACUUCACAGCAAGCAGGAGAUAGUAGCAAUAAUAUGAGUUUCCUAGAGUCAGAACUUAGGAAAAAGGGACUUUGCUUAAUCCCUACUUCAAUGCUAUUAAAUUACCUAAGCACAAAUAUUUGAAGACCAGUUCUAGCUUGUUACUUUCCAUCUUCAUGUAAUUCAGGAAUAGCUAGGAUGCACAUAAUGUAAGAUUUAGAGGAAGAACAAUUUACUAUGAAUGUUCUUUAGCCAUGUAUUAUACGAUAUAUAUGUAAUGUAAAAUUAGGUUCAAUGAAUGUUGUAAAAUGCGAAGAUUUGACAAUUUCAACACUAUAAAUUCUUUGGAUUCAUCUUGUGUAAGAAUCAUAGGAAUAAGGUACGUGCACAUAAUGUAAAAUUACAGGAA